CAUGAUUUUUUUUUACUUAUUAGUAUACAUAAGUUAACUGACAUUUCAAAGCAUUGCUGUCGAAGAUAAUCUUAUGGCUGAAAGAAUUAACUGUAUUGCUGUUGAUAGCAGUAAAGAGAGCGAUAAUGCCUUUUAUUGGUAUGUAGAAAAUUACCAUAGAGAAGACGAUAUUGCUCUUCUCGUUCAUGUGCAAGAUUCUCCAAAUCGAUAUAUAGAAACUUUGGUCGAAGGGAAAGGAAACCAUUAUGAUUCUGAGUAUAGAAGGUUUUCAAAGAGCGAAAAAGUGCUAGAAAGAUUUAAGGCAAAGUGCGUAAGAAGAAAUAUAAAGUUCAUUCCAUGUUUAGCUCCUCUUCAAAAUAAUAAAGGUCACACAAUUUGCAAUGUCGCCGAAACUCACAACGCCACAAUUAUUGUGACUGGACAAAAGUGUGGUCAUAAAUUAACACGGACUUUACUCAGAUCAACGAGUGAAAAUAUAAUGCAUCACUCUCACGUUCCGGUUUUGAUAAUACGUUUGAACGAUAAUGAUAAGCAAAAAAAAUAAAAUCUAACCCCCUAACAGUAAAUCUCAUUGUUGAGUAUGACCAGGUUAAUGGGAUUCAUUAAACAUUUUUAUUAGAUUGUACAUAUAUAUGAUAUUUAAUGAAGAAAAGAGAAAUUUGAAACUUUAUAAA